AUGUUGAACAUUCGCGUGGCCACCCCGGACGACCUGAUGAACACGCAGCACUGCAAUCUGCUGUGCCUGCCCGAGAACUAUCAAAUGAAGUACUACUUCUACCACGCCCUCUCUUGGCCCCAGCUCUCCUACGUUGCCGAAGACCAGAAGGGCCAAAUCGUCGGCUAUGUGCUGGCCAAGAUGGAGGACGAGGGCGAGGAUGAGCCCCAUGGUCACAUCACUUCCCUGGCGAUCAAGAGGAGCUAUCGACGAUUGGGGCUGGCCCAAAAACUCAUGGACCAGACGGCACGAGCGAUGAUCGAAACGUUCAACGCCUAUUACGUGUCGCUACACGUGCGCGUCAGCAAUCGAGCCGCCCUCAGCCUCUAUCAACACACGCUCAAGUUUGAGAUUAUGGAAGUGGAGCCAAAAUACUACGCCGACGGGGAAAACGCCUACGCCAUGCGACGUUGCCUGUUCAACUUUGCCCGAUUGCACGACGUCGACCCGGCCGACCCGGAAACAUUCUACGCCCGCGAGAAGUUGGAAAAGGAGCGGGAAGAAAAGAAGAAGCGGCGCGAAGAGGAGGCCGCCGCCAAGGCCGAAGCCGAGAAGGAAAAAGCC